GCAAGACUUGCCGGGAGUUUUUACCUCGCAUGUUGAGUUUCUUGAACUCAUGAGGAGGGAAAUCCUUUCGCUGGCCACCUGUUCGGAGUGAGAUCUACAUUCCCCACAUCAUCAUGUCCUCGGAGAACACCUUAGAUGACGAGGAUACCUUCAAGAUCCUGAUCGCUACAGAUAUUCACCUCGGUUACCUCGAGAAGGAUGCUAUCCGUGGCAAUGACUCCUUUAACACACUCGAUGAAAUCCUGAAAUGUGCCAAGACAAAUCAGGUAGAUUUCAUCUUGCUGGGUGGGGAUUUGUUCCACGAGAACAAGCCGUCCCGCCGAUGCCUCCACAGCUGCAUCACGAUGAUGAGACGAUACUGCAUGGGAGACACGCCCAUAAACUUCAACAUUCUCAGUGACCAGACUGUCAACUUCAACACCACUCAGUUCCCCUGGGUUAACUAUCAGGAUGAAAACCUGAACAUCUCUAUACCUGCAUUCAGCAUUCAUGGUAACCACGAUGACCCAACUGGGGCUGAAGGUUUGUGUGCGUUGGAUCUGCUAAGUGCCUCUGGUCUUGUCAAUCACUUUGGUCACUCCCACUCAGUGGAGAAGAUAGAAAUCAGUCCCAUCCUAAUGCAGAAAGGCAGCACCAAGCUGGCCUUAUUUGGUCUUGGUUCUAUCCCAGAUGAGCGCUUGUACAGGAUGUUUGUCAACAACCAGGUCACAAUGCUUCGCCCCAAAGAAGACCAAGAUGAAUGGUUUAACCUCUUCACCAUCCAUCAGAACAGGAGUAAACACGGACCCACUAACUACAUCCCCGAGCAGUUCCUGGAUGAAUUUAUCGACUUGGUGGUCUGGGGUCACGAGCACGAGUGUUUGAUCGCGCCGACCAGAAAUGAGCAGCAGCUCUUCUAUGUGACGCAGCCCGGCAGCUCUAUAGCCACCUCCCUGUCCCCUGGAGAGGCAGCCAAGAAGCACAUCGGGCUGUUGAGGGUGAAAGGUCGUAAAAUGAACCUGCAAAAGAUCCCUUUAAAGACGGUGCGUCAGUUCUUCAUCCAAGAUGUGGUGCUGGACAACUACCAAGACCGCUUCACAGCGGAGACGCCCAACGUCACAAAGAAGGUGGAGGACUUGUGCUAUGCAAAGGUCACAGAAAUGUUAAAAGAAGCUGAAAGCGAAAGACGCGGAUGUCCGCUCACCCCGGAGAAACCUCUGAUUCGCCUGAGGGUGGACUACAGCGGAGGCUUCGAGACGUUCAACACCUCUCGCUUCAGUCAGAAGUUUGUGGACCAGGUAGCCAACCCGAAAGACAUCCUUCACUUUCUCAGACGCCGGGAGCAGAAGGGGGACGCCAAAGAUGAGGUCAAUGUGGACUACAGCAAGCUGGUGAAAAACACAGCCGUGGAGGGGCUGAGAGUGGAGGACCUGGUGAAGCAGUACUUUGAGGCAACCGAACAGACGGUGCAGCUGUCCCUCCUGACGGAGCGCGGCAUGGGGAAGGCCAUUCAGGAGUUUGUGGACAAAGACGAGAAGGACGCCAUCGAGGAGCUGAUCACGUACCAGUUGGAGAAGACGCAGCGCCACCUGCAGGCCAGAGGAGUCGUCACGGAGCAGGACAUCGACGCCGAGAUCCAGCGAUUCAGAGACUCCAAAAAGAACACAGCCGAGGAGGAGAACGAAAUCAAAGAGGCGAUCGACAGGGCCAAAGCUCACCGAUUGGAGCGCGGCAACGAGCCCGUCGACUCCGACAUGUCCAGCGAGCUCGCCGUGGACUCUGACGAGGGCCCGUUCGCUUCGCCCCUCGCGCGAGGCCGAGGAGGGAGGGGCCGCGGAGCCCGGGGGAGGGGAAGAGGUGCAACUGCCUCUGAGCCAAAGCCAGCGGGUCGGGGCCGGGCCCAGAAACCCUCAGCGGCGACCCAAAGCAGGUCCAUUAUACAAGCAUUUCAAGCUUCGUCACAGAGAUCAUCUCGGUAUGCGGAUGAAGUGAUCAUUGAUGACUCGGAUGAAGAUAUUCCUGUAAGGAAAGCUACCCGACCCCCUCCAAAGUCAGCAUCUUUAUCGUCGUCGUUCACCAAGCACAGCGCUCCGAGCCCGUCGGCUAGAGGAGUUGCAUUUGACGACAGCGAUGACGACGAUGAUGAGGACCCAUUCAAAGGCCGCAGCAGACCUUCACGGAGAUGAACACACAGAGCAUCUAUUAUGUCACGCAACAAUGUGUAAAUGCUAAUGAGCAUGUGAGCUGUAGCUGCGUGUUCUGGAGGACUUGAAGUGCAUUUUUUAAUUUUCUCAUCACUCGGUCCACUUGUUCCCUAUAAAUAAUGAUGUUGAUUACCUUCUGAUUGGGGUACAACUAUCCAAUCCAUCUGUUGUGGUGAAGGAUGAAGGCUGAACGGUGCCGUGCUGGAGAGGAUUCAUCAUGCAGCACCUGAACCCUUCAGCUGGGGCGUCUGCUGCCCGUCAGCACUGACCAGUCGUGUUUUGUCAUUGGUCUCUGAUAUUCAGGAAAUUAUAAAUGUUUUUUCAUACAUAAUCAA